AUGGUCCUCAAACCAGACAACACCAUUAUCACCAUACCUAUCCCGACCAUGGUCCUCAUACCUGACCCUACCAUGGUCCUCAUAACUGACCCUACCAUGGUCCUCAUACCUGACCCUACCAUGGUCCUCAUAACUGACCCUACCAUGGUCCUCAUAACUGACCCUACCAUGGUCCUCAUACCUGACAACACCAUGAUCACCAUACCUGACCCUACCAUGAUCCUCAUACCUGACAACACCAUGAUCCUCAUACCUGACCCUACCAUGGUCCUCAUACCUGACCCUACCAUGGUCCUCAUACCUGACCCUACCAUGAUCCUCAUAACUGACCCUACCAUGAUCCUCAUACCUGACAACACCAUGAUCCUCAUACCUGACCCUACCAUUGUCCUCAUACCUGACCCUACCAUGAUCCUCAUACCUGACCCUACCAUGAUCCUCAUACCUGACCCUACCAUGAUCCUCAUACCUGGUCCUCAUACCUGA